CCGGCGCGGGGGAGUGCGGCCCGGGCUGCUCCCACCGCCGCCGCCGCCGCCGCCCUGAUGCCCUCGGCUCUCCCGUGCCGGCUCCCGGAGCCCCGCGGAGCCCUGCCCGCAGCGGAGUGAGCCCAGCGCUGCCCCAGCCAUGCAGGAGCCGGAGCGGGGGGUGCCCAGCUCUGCCCCCGCCGCGGGCGAUGCCGCCCCCGCCGCCCCCGCCUGCCCGGAGCUGGACACGCGUGACGGCGCGGGGGGUGACAGGGACACGGCCGGCUGCCGGCUUCCCACGGGAUCGGAGCGGGACGGAGCACCCCAUCCCCAGGAAGAGUCCGCCGGGACCCCCCGCGUCCCCCCGCCGGACCCGCAGCGGGUUCACUCCGCACCGGAGCUCAUAAGACCGCUGCGAGCGAUGGAGCGGACGGACAGACCCCCCCAGAGCGGGGCUGACUACGGCUUCCUCGUGAGCCAGAACACGAAGCUCCUGAGUGCCCUGGAGGAUCUGCAGCACCGCUGCUCCAGCCUGGCCGAGGAGAACAGCCUGCUGCGCAGGAGCUGCUUUCCCCAGACGGAGGAGAAGGUGAAGCACCUGAAGAGGAAGAACGCGGAGCUGGCGGUGAUCGCCAAGCGCCUGGAGGAGAGAGCCCGGAAACUGCAGGAGGCAAACCUCAAAGUGGUCACUGCUCCAGUGGCUCUGAAGGGCUCCAGCCUGGAGAUGUGUAAGAAAGCCUUUGCCCGCCAGCGUGCCAAGGACCUGACAGAGCAAGCCAGUGCCCUCCUGGCCAAAGAUAAGCAGAUCGAAGCUCUGCAGCAGGAAUGCCGGGAGCUGCAGGCUAAACUCUUGGCAGGGAAGGACGACCCUCGCUGCCUCAACGUCAUCGAGUUCGACCGCCUGCUGCGGGAGUCCCAGCGGGAGGUGCUGAGGCUGCAGAGGCAGAUCGCCCUCAAGAAUUUCAAGGAGUGUCUGCGUCCCCCCAAAAUGAGCCCGGGUAGUGCCGUGCCGAGCGCUGCCCCGCGCCUGGGACCGAACACCGGCAGCAAAGGUUCACCUCUGCCAAAAGAGGGCUCCAUGGGAGACCCGGCGCUGGGAGGGAGAGCUCGCAGGGAGGUGGAAUCAGGUGUGCAACCACUGGGACCUGCCUCUGAAGGACAUGAAAAUUUCCCUCCCAAAAAUGCAAUAACAGGCCAAGAAAGCAGCAAACAGAUCCAGCAGCUGGAAUUUGAACUCAAGAAAAAGCGCAAAAAAUGUGAAAACCUUGAGCAUGAAGUGAGGAAAAAGCAUAAAAGAUGCAAAGAACUAGAGAUCCAGCUGCAGGAGGUGCAGAGUGAAAAUGCACGACUGGCUGAGGAGAACUUGCAGCUGAAUGAGAGGGCUGGAUGGGCAGGACAGGUGGAAUCUGAGAAUGCUGACCUGAAACUGCAGGUUGUUUUGGUGACCAAGGAACGGGAUUCAGUAAUUCAGACGAACCAAGGACUCCAAACCAAGCUGGAGAAUCUAGAGCAGGUGCUGAAGCACAUGAGAAAUGUGGCCGAGCGCAGGCAGCAGCUGGAAGUGGAGCACAAGGAAGCCCUGCUAGUCCUGCAGGAGAAGCAGGAGGAGGUCCGGCGGCUGCAGCAGGCACAGGCAGAGGCAAGAAGGGAACAUGAAGGAGCAGUACAGCUUCUAGAGGCCCGGGUGAAGGAUCUGGAAGAUCAGUGUCGCAGUCAGACCGAGCAGUUCAGCCUCCUGUCCCAGGAACUCCAGAAAUUCCGGCUCCAAACAGGAAAAAUCGACCUUCUCACCUCCACUCUGGUGACUUCAGAGCUGCCCCUUGCUCUGUGCAGCUCCACCCCACAGCCUCCCUGGGAGAAGGAAUCAACUGUUCCUGGGUUGCUCCCUCACCAGAGCGCUAAGAAGGUUCACAAUGAAGGGACUGAGGAGUUGGAGUCAACCCAUAGGGUGCCUGACACCCCUGGGGGCUGCCCAGCUGCUCCCACCAGUGCUCAGAAACAAGCCAAGAAAGUGGAAUCUCAGUCCAGCUCUUCCAAAUCUGAGUCCAUGCACAACAGCCCCAAGUCCUGCCCAACUCCAGAGGUGGACACUGCAAGUGAAAUGGAAGAGCUGGAUGUUGACAGCAUCUCCCUCAUGCCAGAGCCAGGCAGCCAAGGCCCUGCAAAGCUCCAGGUGUUCUUAGCUCGAUACAGCUACAAUCCUUUUGAUGGACCUAAUGAAAAUCCAGAGGCAGAGCUUCCACUGACUGCUGGAGAAUAUAUUUACAUCUAUGGGGACAUGGAUGAAGAUGGCUUCUUUGAAGGGGAGCUGAUGGAUGGCCGGCGAGGGCUGGUGCCCUCCAAUUUUGUUGAGCGGGUUUCAGAUGAUGACCUCGUGACGUUUCUGCCUCCGGAGCUGAAUGAUCUCACUCAUAGCUCGUACCACGAGAAAAGUUUGGUCAGUGCAAGCACCAGCAGUGGAGAUAAGAGUGAUUUCUCUACUGAAGAGAGUAGCAUCAGCCCGCUGGCCAGUAGAGCAGAAGGAGACCAGGAGGAGCCCGUUAGUCACACAGCAGUGCCUUACCCACGAAAACUGACUCUGAUCAAGCAGCUUGCCAGAAGCAUAGUUGUAGGUUGGGACCCACCUCUUUUGCCAGCUGGCUGCCCAGACAUACAGAGCUACAACAUCUACGUGGACGAAGAGCUACGUCAGAACGUGAAGAGUGGCCUUCAGACCAAAGCAGUGAUUGAGAAGCUGGACUUGCAGAGCAAAGCCUACCGCGUGUCCGUGCAGGCGGUCACCGAGCACGGCAGGUCCGACAGACUGCGCUGCACCUUCUUUGUGGGGCAGGAUUUUGGGGUGGCACCCACCAUGCUCAAAGUCAGGAGCGUCACUGCCACGUCGGCAGAGGUCACGUGGCUCCCCUGCAACAGCAACUACAGCCACGCCGUGUACCUCAACGGGGACCAGUGCGACGUGACCAAGCCCGGGGUCUACUGGUACACCUUCCACAACCUGCAGCCCAGCACCCAGUACGUGGCCAAGCUGGAGGCCAGGCCCAUGAAAACACCCUGGGAAGAGGUGCCAGAGGGGCAGGAGCAGGACUCAGCUGUGAUUCACUUCACUACCCCGCUAGCAGGCACACCUGAUGCUCCUUUGGAUGUCCAGGUAGAAGCUGGUCCCUCUCCAGGCAUCCUUGUUAUCAGCUGGUUACCUGUCACCAUCGAUGCCGAGGGGUCUUCCAACGGGGUCCGAGUCACCGGCUACGCCGUGUACGCCGAUGGACAGAAGGUGAUAGAAGUUACUUCUCCAACAGCUGGGAGUGUCCUGGUGGACCUGUCCCAGCUGCAGAUGUUCCAGGUGUGCCGGGAGGUUUCGGUGAGGACGAUGUCUCAGUACGGGGAGUCGGUGGAUUCGGUUCCAGCCCAGAUUUCCUCACUCUUGCUCCGAGCCUAUCCCUGCACUUCACCUGCCUCCACCACUGUUACCUCCAGGCUGCCCAAGGGGGUUCCCAGGGGCUCCCUGCCUGCCCACAGCCCAUCCACACACCCCACUCCUGCGCUCCUGCUCCAACAGAACAUUCCUGCUGAGAGCUCAGAUGCCAAAUUGACUGAUGUCUCCUCCGGCCCGGUGCGGGCUCUGCCAGAGACAGCCGCCUCAGCAGCACACCUCUCCUCUCCCAGUGCUCCCUUGGGGCAGGAUCUGGGCACUUCCCCACAGGGACUGGAUGCUGCAGGAGACAAGAAAUGCCUGUCUGUGCCUCCCCAGCAGGCUGGGAACACAGUGCUCCCUGGGGAGGGCAUGGAGCCUGGCCCUACCAGGGAACCAGGAUUGCAAGGCCUGGCAGAAGGCACAGAGGUGCAGAUGGAACAAUCUGGAUCCAAAGCUCCAGAGCUGGAAGGCCCCUGUGACAGCAGCGUGAAGCUCCAUGUGGACACCUGCUCCAUCGAGGAGCCCCACAAAGGUCCCAGUACUGACAGGGAGCAGGCAGAGGAGAAGCACCCGAGCCCAGAGCCCGUGUCCUUGGCCAGCCAGGCUGAGGGGACACCGGACGCCUUCCGGGACGGGACCGCGGGUGGGAGCAGCUGCAGGUUGUCUCCUGGCAAGGAGGUGAUGAAAGAAAUGUCCAGAGUGAAAAGAGAGCAAGAAGAAAAACUGGCUGAAAUGGGCCGCCGGCAGCUGACCCUGUUCUCUGAGCACAACCGGAGCUCUGAGCUGUCUGAUAUUUUGGAAGAGGAAGAAGAAGAUGAACUGUCUUCAGAAGCUCUGGAAGACAAGAAAUGGGACCAGAGUGAGCCAUAUAACCAGGAGAAUGGGGAAAAGAUGGAUCUUUGUGAUACUGACAGCGAUGAGGAGAUUCUGGAGAGGAUACUGGAGCUCCCACUUCAGAAGAACCACAGCAAGAAGUUGUUCAGCAUCCCUGAAGUGACUGAGGACGAGGAGGAAGAGGAGGAUGAGAAGUGCGUGGCAGAAGAAAAGGCAGACCCUCAAGAUUCCUUGGAAAAACACACCCACCAUUCAGGGAGACCAGAGAAGCCUCCCAACAGCAAGGAGCCAUUUCCAAAGGCAGAUGGGAAUAAAACCUCUGUGGUGUCUGCUCAGACUCCACGGGAGGAGCACGGUGCUAAGGAGAGCAGAGGGGAUGCUGACCAUGUAAACCCUGCCUUUGGCCAGCUGGGCUGGGCUCAGAAGAAGGCAAACUGGAACUGGGGCUACCAGGAGAACGAUCCAAAGCCUGGGAGUGGGGCAGGCCCCUCUUGGAGCAAGAAGAAGGGAAGUAGCUAUCAAGAGAAGAUCCGGAGUCGGCCUGAGAUGGGUAGGAAGAGACAGAGUGAUUUAACAGAGCACUGCAGUCGCCUGCUGGGCAACUGCAGCCAGAUGGGCAGUGGGUUAUACAGAGCUCCCAGCCUCAGGGAGGAGCUCAACGUGGUCAGCAGUGCCGGUGGUAAGGAGGGGUUGGAUCUGUACAGCCGUGCCAGACAAGGCACCCUAAGGAAAAAAACCCCAAAGGCAGCGGGUUCAGGGGGCACAGAACCUGCUGCGAUGGCCACGUGCUGCUCCAGCCCCAGGAGCCUGGAGAUAGACAUUGAAUACGACUCUGAAGACGAUCAGGAUUCAACCUGUGCGUCCUCCCCUGAGAGCAGGCGGUGGCCAGAGAGGUUCCAGAGCUCUCAGGGUGACUGGAGUGAUUGCUCCAGCCAGUCUGAGGCUCCUCACACAGAUGGCAGAAGGGACCUGACCAGGCUGGAGAUGAUGGAAGAGCAGGGUUUGGAAUGGGCCGGGUCUCCGAGCCGGCACGUGCGAUUCUUCCAGCGGGAGAAGGAAGCCCUGAGAUGUGAGAGCAGCUCUGAGGAGCAGGGCUGGGAGCUGGACUGUAAGUCACCUGGCUGGAGAAGGAGGCUCGAACAUCCUUCGAAGGGGAUACGUAGCACCUCCUUGCACAAAAGGGCAUCCAGUAAUAAAGAUUCCAGGGGCCCGGAGCCGGCCGGCACAGCCUGGCAGGCUCCCAGCAGGAGACGCAGCAAGAGAAGAAGCCAAAUGCAGAAACCUUUGCUCUCUAGUGCAGGUCCUCCCAGGAGCAGCGCUCCCGAAACCUCUGGCAAGGAGGAUGGCAUCAGGAUAUUUGUGGCUCUCUUCGACUAUGAUCCUGUCUCUAUGUCUCCUAACCCUGAUGCAGCAGAAGAGGAGCUGCCAUUUAAGGAGGGACAGAUCCUGAAGGUGUGUGGGGACAAGGAUGCUGAUGGCUUUUACAGGGGUGAAUGUGCAGGAAGGGAGGGAUACAUCCCAUGCAACAUGGUCUCAGAAGUGCAGGUGGACAACGAUGAACUCAAGAAGCAGCUCCUGAAGCAAGGGUUCCUGUCUGCUGACACAACCACGGAGAGCCAAGGAAAUGGCACAUUUUCUGCACCUCCACGCCGCCAAACCGUCCCUCCUCCAAAACCCAGACGCUCCAAGAAAGGGCUGGAUAAGCAGGAGAAGUACAAGUCUCAGCCAGGGCAGAAACACGAAGACAUUGAAGCAGAACUGCUGACUCCUUGCAGGAUGGUGGCUGUCUUUGACUAUAACCCCAAGGAGAGCUCUCCAAAUGCAGAUGUGGAGGCUGAACUGACUUUCAGUGCUGGGGACAUUAUCACUGUGUUUGGCUCCAUGGAUGAUGAUGGAUUCUAUUAUGGAGAGCUGAACCAACAGAGGGGGCUCGUCCCAUCCAACUUCUUGGAAGCUGCUCCUUUGGAUGGAGGCCUGGGGGAGGAAUUUCACUCGAAAGAUAAAGAAGCUUCUCCACUGAGUGCUGAGAGCCAGCUAAACCCAGAUGGAUGUGUAGAUCAGAGUGACUCCUCACCAACUCCUCCUUCUCCACCACCUUCCUGCCUUGUCCCGUGUCCAGAGCAGGCGUCGCUGCCCCUCCUGGCCCGCAGCGACAGCCCUGGGCAGAGUAAAAAGAAGAGAAGCUUCUUCUUCAAAGGGAAAAACCUCUUCAAAAAACUUGGGUCCAAUAAGAAAAACUAACAAGGGGGGUUAUUCUGCACAGAGACUGCGAGUUCAGGAGAAACCCCCUGCAAUAAGCUGAUUAUUUUCAUAGGGGAGAAGCGUGACUUGAGAAAGUUGUGGAGUGGGUGUGGGAGCUGUGCCUGCUGAGAGCCCCCCCUCCCCCGGGGGGGCAGUGGCUCUGGGGGUGUGAGGGCUGAGCUCUGGGGGUGCAGCUCCCUCCAUGCACUGGUUCCCUGUAAAUAUUUUCAUUUCAAGGUUCUAUUCUGGCUGUAACUUAGCUAACUGGCUUUUCCCAGCAAAGCCCCUUAGGAAGAGACCCCUUGUACUCCACCCCCUGGUAUUUCUCUGCUCCAAAGGAGCUCGUGGCAACUCCUUCACUUCCCGCCAAGAAAAGUUGCACUUUUCUGUCCCCUUACUCUCCCCUUUGCUGUCUCUGGGCUGACGAGUGAGUUCUGAUUUGUACUGUAACCUGUAAAUAUGCAGCUGUGCCUAGAGCAUCCCACACUGCCUCAGUCAGGACCCAGCACCAGGAUAUUCCCGGGGAGGAAAGAGCAGAUUGGGAGUCGGGAUUUCAGCCUGUGGGUUGGGCUGCUGGAAAGCUGCUCCCUCCUGGUGCACCUUGACCACGCCUGGCUGGGGCCUCCGCCUUAUGAUUUAUUUAUUUAUUUAUUUAUUGAUCUGUUUAUUUAUGGGUUUCUUGAGCUCGUUAUUUAUUUCUCUAUUUAUUUAUUUAUUUAUUUGUUUAUUUCUUUCUUUCCCGGCCACCUCUUCCCGCGGUUCCCUCGGGCUGUUUUCCCGGAGCGUUGGGAGAGCAGGGCUGGGGGAUGGAUGGAGAGAGUUUGCAGCUGUUUUCCUGGGAGAUGAUGUGCUCCUGGAGUUCAGACACAUCCCUUUCCAAGCCACAGAGGGUUUUGUACCACAUGGUUCCUGCCCUUUCCCAUGUUUCCUCCGUUGCAUGUUCCAAUUCCUUGUUUUUUUGGAAGGUGAGGUCCGUGGGUGGUGCCAGCACAGUGUCCACAAGCAGUGGUGGUACAGUUUGUUUUUAUUUAAUAUCAAAUUUUAUUAUAAUAAAGUCUAUUUUCACAAAAAUACAUUUUCCUU